AUGAAGCUGCUGGGCUUUGCUGUGCUGCUGGUGUUGGCAGCUGCUGCCUCCAAGACCCCCCGCAUGCUCCGGGGCUUCCAGUGUCCUGAUGACGCACAUCGGUGGGACGUGGCCCUCUAUGAAGGAUUCAAGUUCAAGUGUACGGGCGUCCUGGUCCACAAGAACUGGAUCCUCACACUCGCUCACUGCAACCCUAAGGGGCAACUUUAUGCCCGCUUAGGGCAACGUAAUUUAUUGCAACCGGAUAAAAUGGGGCAGCUGAGAUUGUUGAAGAGGCGCUUUCCCUAUCCCAAGUAUAACAGUGCCACCAGGGAUAAUGACAUCAUGCUCGUCAAACUGUCCAUGGCAGCCAACGAGAGCAAAUACGUGAGGACAGUCUGUCUCCCUGAUUACCCAACCCAAUGUGCUGAACCUGAGGAGCACUGUAUACUCUCGGGCUGGGGCACCAGAUUCCUGAAGAACGGGCCCCCACCUGAUGUGCUGAUGUGCGGCAAUGUGACUGUGGUCUCCUACGCCACCUGCCAGGCCUCCCGCCCUAAGGGCCUCACCCCCAACAUGAUAUGUGCCACCGUGACCACGGGGGGCACCGAUGCCUGUCAGGCGGACUUUGGUUCCCCCCUGGUCUGCAGUGGUGUUCUGCAGGGCUUGGCCUCCUGGGGCUUUGAGGAAUGCUCCUACUCAGACCCGCCCAAUGUCUUCAUCAAGGUCUGCAAGUACAUCAACUGGAUCCGGGAGGUCAUCGCUUCCAAUUGACUGGGGAUAGCUCCAACAUAGAUACAUCCCCCCUCCCUCUCCCCCGACCAUUUUGCUCCAUGUCUUGCUCCUGGGUGCCCAAAAUAUAGAGAUCUGCAUUUUGUUGCACGGGGAUUUGAAUGUCUUGCAUGUCAACAAAAGUCCUACAAGUCAAUGGUCCAUCAACCCCAUGUCUUACAGCCAUGAAGGAGGACUUGGAAGGCUUGGUGGAACAGGGCCACCAUCAAUGUACCACCAAUAGCUUUAUCUCCAAUGGUGGGCAGUAGUGCAUGUUAAGGAAAUGACAUCCAAUUUUCUGUCUGGGUGAGUGGUUUGAUUGUUACACCCAGAAUGACUCCAAAGGCUCUUAUUUUAUCUGGAGAAAUACAAGGGUCUUCUGGGGUCUGGCUUAUUGGAAUAUCAGCAAUUUAGCAAAA